AUGAACGCUGCUGUCCCUGAUGGCUUUUCCUUAUUCAGUUAUAUUGAUGACUUGGGCUGCGCUCAACAUAUGUCAAAAUCCGUAUUUCUCAAAUUUGUUUCCAAUAUCUGGUCCCGCACUUCCAUGCAACACGUUCAGGGACAUAGUUUCCAUAUUGGCGGCGCAGUGGAACUACUACUCACUGGCGUGGCACCUCAUGUUGUGGCUGCAAUUGGAGGCUGGACUUCUCUUGCUUUCCUGGUUUUCUGGCGGCAUCUUGAGGACAUUCUCAUUUCUCAGGUUGCAGAUGCAUACGACGAGCAUUGGGGUCGAAACUUAUACACCUUUGUCGGUUACCCCUUGCGCCCUCCGCAGAAAAUGGCAUUGUAUUAUGUACUUUUGACCAGCAAGGUUCCGGAUGGACUGCACUGGACAAUGAGUGUCACAGCAGUGCGGACAGCACGGGAAGAGUUUUCCGGUGUACCAGUGUUUUGGUUGGGUCACUCCAUGGGUGGUGGAGAGGUGUUGAGUUUCAUGACCCAGCAAUCCUACGAAAGCCCAUGUCAUGCAGAAACCGUCACUUCAUUGACCGGAGUUAUCAUUACUAGUCCCUUGAUCAAACAAACAAUACCCGUGUCCAAAACCCUGCGUUGGCUAGGAGAAAAAGUCGCAACUAUAUCACCAUAUACCCUGAUCCCCGCUGCUGUUAGCCUUGACGACCUGUCUCAUUCACUGGAAUUUAACGACGCAUACUCCAAAGACCCACUGAUCAAAUCAACGGGAACCCUGAGAGGAAUUGGAGAGAUCUUAACGGAAGGCAAAAAAUUGCUAUCGAUGGGAUGCCAUCACUGGCCAAAGAAGAUUCCAUUCCUAUUGAUCCAUGGUGACACCGACAAAGUAACGUCUGCGAAGGCUACACAAACGUUCUUCAAAGUCAUCGACACAGAGGAUAAGCAAAUUAUGAUAUAUCCCGAAGGGUUGCAUGAACUACAAAAUGAGCCUCCAGUCAUCCGCCAAAAAUUCGUAACAGACAUUGUCUCUUUCGUCCAAGGUCGAACCUCCACUCCUGUACCGCUGCGUGAUUCCACACAUGAACACACAGACAGCAAUGAAAACAUUGCCGGUGUUACCAUUGCUUCGCUCAAGUCAAGUUCAAGUGCACCCAAUUCCACAGUUCCUAACACACAAUCGUCGUUGGAGAUUGAUCAGGAUGGGGAUGUCAUGAAAGUUACGCCGAAAUUGUAA